AUGUCGGGCAGGUCGGUCCGCGCCGAAACCCGGAGCAGGGCGAAAGAUGACAUUAAACGAGUUAUGGCAGCAAUUGAAAAAGUACGAAAAUGGGAGAAGAAAUGGGUGACUGUGGGUGACACAUCUUUGCGGAUCUACAAGUGGGUGCCAGUUACAGAACCCAAAUCAGAUGAUAAAACCAAGAAUAAGAAGAAGGGGAAGGAUGAGAAAUAUGGUUCUGAGGUCACAACCCCAGAGAACAGCUCAUCGCCGGGAAUGAUGGACAUGCAUGAUGAAAACAGCAACCAGAGCUCCAUUGCAGAUUCAUCUCCCUUAAAACAAGAGACUAGCAACAACACCAGUCCCACCCCUGAAUCUAUGGCAACUCCUCAGAGUGACAACCAUGAAGCUAAGAGGGACCAAUCACCUGUCAAAGAGGCACUGUCCUGCUCAGACAACAAAAACGGACAAACCAACACUUCAGACCUCUCAACAGCAGCAAAGAAAAACAGCAAAUCAGCCACAGAGCAAGAACCAUUCUCAAAUUCUUCCAAGUCUACUCAGGAAUUGGAAGAUGGCACUCCUCUAAAUAAGAAAAGCAAACUGGACACAACGUCUGAAGGUUUUGAAGAGAGCUAA